AUGCAGAGUCGCAUCAAUAAAGAACUCCAAGAACUCAGCACAAACCCUCCAGAGAAUUGUGCAGUGUCACUUGUCGGAGACGACAUUACUCAUUGGAGAGUAAACUUGGUAGGACCUGAAGGCUCAGCUUAUGAAGGUGGAAACUUUGAGCUCGCUUUGACAGUUCCGGCCAAUUAUCCUUUCAGAGCCCCAGAUGUGAGGUUUGUUACUAGAAUUUACCAUCCUAAUGUAAAAUCUGACGACGGAGCAAUCUGCACUGAACUAUACCAAUCUGAUUGGAGCCCUACCAAAAAUAUCAGACAUGUCAUCGAGCUGUUGUUGAGCACUUUAAUUACCCCAAGCCCAGAGCACGCUGUUGAGCCUGAGAUAGCCCAGCAAAUGAUGAACAGUCAUGAAGCAUAUGUGGCAACUGCAAGGCAAUGGGUCAAUCAAUAUGCUCGCUAA